AUGGUAGUAAACGCUUUCACACUGCAACGCAAAUAUCCCCAACUUCAGGUCAACGAUAUCAAUGCUCUCAUUGAUCAAUUCAGUGAAAUUGAUUUGGAUCAGGAUGGCUAUCUCGACCAAAAGGAAAUCCAAAAGGCUUGCAAGGAAACUGGCUACAGCGACAAUUACGAUGAAAUCCGUGCCACGCUCAAGGAUGUGAGCACAAAUGCCUCUGGUAAAAUUGAUGUAGAAGAGUUCAUCGAGCUCGCAGCCAAAUUAAAGGACGGCCGUAAUCGAGGCGCAUUCGAUGUCCACCAAAACAAAAUCAAGGUGCACGGUACAAACACCAAUGUCACCCACACCAUCAACGAGGAUGAACGCACUGAAUUCACCAGACACAUCAAUGGUGUGCUCGCUGGAGAUGCUCAUAUCGGAAACCGUCUGCCUAUCCCCACCAACACAAUGCAACUGUUUGAUGAGUGUAAGGAUGGCCUUAUCCUGUGUAAGCUGAUCAACGACGCCGUGCCUGAUACCAUUGAUGAGCGUGUACUGAAUGCUGGUAAGAAGAUUAACAAUUUCCAAAUGGUCGAAAACAACAACAUUGUCAUCAACUCUGCCAAGGCUAUUGGUUGCUCCGUCGUCAAUGUGGGUUCCACUGACAUUAUGGAAGGCCGUGAACAUUUGAUCCUGGGUCUGAUUUGGCAAAUUAUCAAACGUGGUCUUUUGAGCAAGAUUGAUAUCAAGCAACAUCCCGAGUUGUACCGUUUGCUGGAAGACGAUGAGACUUUGGAGGACUUUCUCAAGUUGCCUCCUGAUCAAAUCUUGCUGAGAUGGUUCAACUACCACCUGAAGGCUGCUGGCUGGGAGAGACGAGUCAAGAACUUUUCAAAGGAUGUCAGUGAUGGUGAAAACUACACAGCCUUGCUGAACCAACUCAAGCCUGAAUCCUGCUCGCGUGCUCCUUUGCAAGAGCGUGAUUUGAUCCGCAGAGCUGAAAUGGUCUUGGACAAUGCCGAAAAGAUCAAUUGUCGCAAGUACUUGACGCCUACUGCUUUGGUGGCUGGUAAUCCCAAGCUAAACUUGGCCUUUGUCGCUCACUUGUUCAACACGCAUCCUGGAUUGGAGCCCUUGACUGAGGAAGAAGCCCCCGAGAUUGAGGACUUUGACGCUGAAGGCGAGCGUGAAGCAAGAAUGUUUACUCUCUGGUUGAACAGUUUGAAUGUGGAUCCCGGUGUAUACAACUUGUUUGAAGACUUGCAAGACGGUUUAGUCUUAUUACAAGCCUUUGAUAAGGUGGUUCCUGGUAUCGUCAACUGGCGUAUGGUCGGCAAGAAGCAGCCAUUGUCUCGUUUCAAGCAAAUCGAAAACUGCAACUAUGCUGUUGCUCUCGGCCAAGAACUUCGCUUCUCACUUGUAGGUAUCCAAGGCGCUGAUAUUGUGGAUGGACAACGCACACUUACUCUGGGUCUCACAUGGCAAUUAAUGCGUGAAAACAUUGUGCACACUCUGCAAUCACUGACAAAGGGCGGUCGUAGUGUCACUGAUCAAGAUUUGGUUCGCUGGGCUAAUGAAACCGCCCAACGUGGUGGCAAGCAAUCCAAGAUGAACUCGUUCAAGGACAGCGGUCUCAGCACUGGUAUCUUCUUUUUGGAUGUGUUGAACGGCAUCAAGCCUGGCUACGUUGACUACAGUUUGGUGACAAGCGGUAGAACCGAGGAAGAUGCAUUCAACAAUGCCAAACUUGCUAUUUCCAUUGCCCGUAAAUUGGGAGCCACCAUCUUUUUAGUUCCAGAAGAUAUCGUCGAAGUGAGAGCCAAGAUGAACUUGACAUUCAUUGGUAGUUUGAUGCAAGUUGACAGAGAGAUCAAUCACUCAUAA